AGAGCGAGGCGUGACCCAGCUGACGGGCGCCGUGCGGAGCCGGGUGGCGGGCGCGGAGCCGAAGCCGGCGGGGAGCAGCAGCAGCAGCCGCCAGCGGCGCACGGCGUCGGUAGCGGUCGGCUCUGGCGCGGCGUCUCAUCCACCCCCUCGUGAGCCUGGGGAACCUGCAGCUCAAAGCCGCCGCCAGCCACACCACCAUGUACCCCGGCAACAAGCGCAAAAAGCUCUGGCGGGAGGAGAAAGAGCGUUUGCUGAAGAUGACCUUGGAAGAAAGACGCAAAGAGUACUUAAGGGAAUAUGUUCCCUUGAAAAAUAUUCCAACAUGGAUGGAAGACUUAAGUAAGAGCGAAAGUGAUGGUGAAAACGCUAAAGAAGAUCUGCAGGGGAAGAAAAGUCUGAGCGAGAAAGUUUCUCUCUAUAGAGGUGACAUUACGCUGCUUGAGGUUGAUGCCAUCGUUAAUGCUGCUAAUUCCAGCCUUCUUGGAGGUGGAGGAGUGGAUGGCUGUAUACACAGAGCUGCUGGGCCCUGCUUAGUUGCUGAAUGUCGCAACCUGAGUGGCUGUGAGACUGGACAAGCAAAAAUCACGUGUGGAUAUGACCUCCCUGCAAAAUAUGUGAUCCAUACUGUUGGGCCGAUCGCGAGAGGCCAUCUCACUGACACUCAUAAAGAAAACUUGGCAAAUUGCUAUAAAUCCUCUCUGAAACUGGCAAAGGAAAACAACAUCAGAUCAAUUGCAUUUCCCUGUAUUUCAACAGGAAUUUAUGGUUUUCCAAAUGAGCCUGCUGCUGUCAUUGCCCUUAACACUAUUAAGGAAUGGUUAAGCAAGAAUCACAAUGAGGUGGAUCGUAUCAUCUUCUGCGUCUUUUUGGAGGUUGACUACAAAAUUUUCAGGAAGAAAAUGGGCGAAUUUUUCCCUCUAGAUGAUGCUAAUGAAGAAGGGCCUGAGCCCAUUGAAGAGACAGGAUUGGAACAAAAAGGCCAGCCUCCAUCUCCCACAAAGAGCAAAGCAGAGCAGCCUGAGGACCUGCAAGAGGAUGCUGAAGGUGGUAAUGGCACAGAGAAGCAAAACACCAAAGAAACCGAGGCCCAGAGCAGAGAAUCAGGGAAGACAAUCAGACCAAUAAUGCCCAGUGAAUGCAAUGUGAAUGGAUGGAAGCCCAGAAAAUCAAAUUCAGAUGAGACGAAACCUUCAGCUGUAGCCAGUCUAUCAUCAUCAGAAGAAACAGAGCUGAGUGAGGAUAAAGACUCCCUGAAAGGCUCCAAAGGCGCACGGGAGAGUGACCCGGUGCAUCCUGUGGGAUGUGAACAAGAUCAAGCCAAAGGACAACAGGAUGCUCCUGCAGAGGAGGAGAUGAAAACUGGGGCAGAGUCCCAAAGCUCCUGCAUGGAAAUAGAAGAGCCAUUGUUGAACCAAGAAGACACAACAGAAGUUGAGAUGCCUUUGAUUCACGGCGCAGAGGAAAAAGAGGAAGAAGGAAAAGAAGACAAAGAAGGAGGGAUGCAAGGGAAAGAGGAAGCUUCUGUGGAGCCUAUGAAAGUUGACCUUGCGUGUGAAGCAGCAGACGUUUCAAAUAAGGAUGCUGAAAUGAGUAGUCAAGUUGAAAGUAUAAAUGAUCCUACAGAAACAGGGCGGGAAGCUUAAGUAACAGGAAGGAUGCAGGAGAAGAGAGACCCAAGGAAACCCGACGGGCAGGCACUGACAUCCUACAGCAUCAUUCUUGGCAGAAAAGAGCACGCAGAGAUGCUCCACGGGUUGGGAGGGAGGGAGCUUUGGGGAAAUGACUCUUUGCUUUAAUUUCUCUUUGUUCUUCAUUGCAUUUCAUUCUGUAAGUCUGUUGGAAAGAUACAUAACUUCCCAGUUCUAACAAUGUUUUGCAAUUAUCCCUGCAAUUACAACAGUUUCUUCUGAACCAUGAGUCCCUGUCUUAUAUUGGGUCUCUUUUGCUCCUGCAUCAUAUCAUCAGCAGCCUGUUUGCAGGCCCCCCCCCUUUUCUAGCAUCUUUAUCUUCUUUCGCAGUUAUGGUAUUGUCUGCAGGCAACCUGUGGGAGCCAGCUUAUUCUCCUCCUGCCCCUCCCCCUUUUUUUUAAAACUGUUCCCUAGGAUAUAAACGGAGAUCUGCUUCGAGAACAUGAACUGCCACAAAGGAUUAUAAUCCGCACACACCGAUAAACAAACACCCCCCUUGUGCUAGGGAUUUGAAAGACUAGAUUCUCCAAAAAUCGCAGAAAUAUUGACAGAGACAGCCCUGCAUGUUGCCCACCUCCAGGCUUGUCGAUCGGCAGCUCCUGCCGGCACCCGCCAGCGGGUCGCUGUGUCCGAACCCUGGCUGCUAGAAGAGGCGCCGGCGGGAUUCCCUUGAGCGCGUGCUGGAAGCAGGAUUUGUGCGUUAACUCUUUCAUCCUGGUGCCUCGGGACAGCCCGUGGCUCUGCCCUUCGCCUUUCUCUCUGGCGUGGGAAAGCUCGACCGUGACCAGCCUACGCUGCGUCAUGCCCCUCUGUGGGUCCACCGCGCGAAUAACACGCGUGGCCUCGCGCAGCCGGCGCCCCAAACCAGUCCUGCUCUUUUCCGGUUAGCUCCGCACACCUCAAAAUCAGUGCCGUAAGUAUGACCUUCGGGUGCAGGUAGGCAACAGAUACUUCCGUGAGCCUGCGAGUGACGGAGGGUAACAGGCGUUCUGCAUUCAAGGCAUCUUUAAAUACGGCUCCUGGCUUUAACGACUUCACACCAUACCUUGUGUGAGCCCUCAUUAUAUUUUUCUACUGCACAUGCAUGAUUUCUUUUUUUUUAAAUUUUUUUUUUAAAAAAAGCAAUUAACAGUUAUUUGGAUAAGAAUGUCUCACCGUAUGUCAAUUGUUCUGCCAGCAAAUGCUGCACUGAAAUUUUUAGAAAAGGAACAAAAGGGUUUCACAAACAUUUCCCAACCGUGCUGUAACUGAAACCGAUAGACAAUACACUCGAUGGAAGAGCACGCAACCUGUGUCCAGGGUGUGAUGUGCUACAAACUGUAUUUUAAAAUGCUGCUGAAAAUAAUUUUAAUUAUUUUAAGCAAAGUAAUUGAUUCUGUUCUUUUUUUUUUCCCCUCCAAAUAUCUAUGAGGCCCAAAAUAGUUAUUUACUAGCAGGCUAAAAAAAAAUAAAAAGUAAAAAACAAGGUAAGAUGUAUAUCUAUCCUCCUGUGACCUGGGUUUGUCCCAGCUAGAGUAGGUUUGGUGAUAAAUCGUCUGCUGGUGUAACAGUGAGUCAAAUGUGACCCUAACGCACCUAGCGCUGGCUACAGCAGUUGAUGGCUGCCAUCAGCUGCAGGUUAAUGCGAAAGGGUGUCAGGACAAACAUGGAUUAGAAAGGAAAACAAGAAAAGCCCCAGAUUUCCCCUGGAGAGUAUGGCCCCUAGAAAGGCAGCCCCCUAUCUAUCUCCCUGUGUGCAGCUCCAGCAUGUUUGCUUCUGGUGGCAUCAGAAGCGUAUUUUUGUCUGCCGACUCCUGUGGUGUUUUAACCCAGGUGACGCUAGCGCCAGAGAAGAUCUCAAGGAUCUUCUUCAUCACCCAUUUCUCCUGGGGUAUCAGUGGAUGCAUAACUGAAUUGGAUUGACUGUGGAAGGAGCAAAUGAGCUGACAUAAGCCUAUGAACUGGGUUUAUAAUACUGCUAAGUUUACCUAAAUUUGCUAGACUCCUCUAGCCCUUGUUUUCCUCAGAGCACCCUUGAAAGGGUCUCCUUGUUCCCUUCGAGGUGUCUCUUCUGCUUUUGCCAUCCCUGGGGUCACGCUUGACAGGACAUGUCUUUUGGGACGUGGAUUUUUUUUUUUCCCCUGCUAUUCCUUCACCUUGUUUCCAGCCGAUUGCAGUUUUACAGUGGGAGGCCUUGCGGGUCAUACCUCUACAUGGUGUGCGACCCAUAUGUUCCUGUACGUUUUCCAUACUGGGUGAUUUUGAUUGAAACUGCCUGUCGUAAUAGGUGGAGCAGGAGUGGAUAAAUACUUUGGGAGGAAGGGCAAUAAAUGCAUUGAGUGGCUUUCCUCUCAAUUCCCCUUUUGUGCGGUCGCUGUGAAAAGACCAGGAUUUGAAGGGCUCCCUGCAUCUUGGUAAGUGGGGGAACCGGCCCCGCAGGGCUGGGAGCGAACUCGGCAAGCUCAACUUCGAGCUGUGCGAAACGCCAAGGAGAUCGGAGGCGGACAGGUCCUCAGCCGGAGCGAACGGAGCUCAGCAGAGCUGCGGUAACUUCAGUCAAUGGAGUAUCCAGUCCCCUGAAUCGAGCUCUGCUCUUGUUUCUGUCGCGCUUCCCCACGGGCAGCGCUAAGGAAGCUGUAGGCUGCCCUUAGCCGUGUAUCGGAUGUCCCUCUCGCCAUCGCCAGCCUCGGUUUUAGCGAGGGAGCCGAAGGGAGAGCUCCGCAGGAGGCUGGCUGCCGAGAUGCGACGGUUCGGCAAGGAGACAAAGACUCCUUAAACUCCUUGUGAAGAAUGACUGAUAGUUUUUAAAAAAAUGAACUGCACAGAUGCGUCACAUUAGACGCUCUCUAGCCCCUGACAGUAAUUUCAUCACGCUUUUCAUUUGCCCUUGGUCCUUGAACAGCAGCAAGUCUUUGACACCAUGAACCGUUUGCCCAAGGAUGCAGCGGCAAAGCGUGAAGCCCAGGUAGGAAGUGUAAAGCGAGGAAACGUAGGAGUUAAGUCCUUACAGGACAAUUUGCAGCCGCGUCUGUAUCUAUCUAUCUUCAGGUGGGCUUUGGUUUGAGUUGCUGGGGUUUUUCACUAGUCAUAAAGUGAGUACGGUUUGGCUGUGUGAGUUUUUCAGCUGAGCUUUAGUUGAGGCUGGACCAUGCCCCUCGAUGCCGUCACUGCCGCUCCUCCUGGAGCUGCAGAAAUGCAGGGAGCUCGUUUUGUAGAAGAGCAAGCAUCAGACAGAAAAAUCACCCCACAGGAAUUUAUGUCAAGGAUUUUGGUUUAAACCCGAAAUGUGUUUGCAGUAGGCGGGUAAGGGUAAUAGCAGCCCUUUGGUGCUGGUAUUUGCAUACAAAGUAUCAGGCUCUGCUUGAUCGUUGUUUCUCCUGUGUCUGAAAGCGCUCAUCCCUGCCAUUAGGCACAAUAUUCCUCGGGCUGGUGACUGCUCCGAUGACGAAUGGGUUUCCUUCCAUACAGACAUCCAAAGGGAAUGUCUGAGACAGAUUCUGUAAUAAUGGGUCACACCUUCGCUGCAGCUAAUUGUCAAUCUUUCUAUAAAGCACUGAGAAAGCCUCUCUGUGAAUUAACACUGUUGUGCUUUACGCACUUGUAUAAAAAUGGGGAAAAAAAAAAAAAACCAACAAAACAACUAACCAACUUUUCUCUAUAUGCAGUGCAUGCCGGCUUUGCUUUUAAAAUGACAAACUUAACAGAGUAUGUGGAUCUAUUUUCUCGGGGAAUAGGAGUUUUUAUCACGAUUCAUCCAGGAUUUGCCUUACCCUGACAUUUGUGAUAUAAAGGAAAAUAUUAAAAAAAAAAAAUUAAAAAAAAAAUUUAAAAAGGUAAUUUUCUCAAUCCAAAAAUAUGUUUUUACUUCAAUGCAAAGAAAUGUAGGCUGUUGCUUGCAAAAUGUCUUCUAAUAGAUGGUCUAGCAGCUAUAUCUGUUAACACAUGCCUCUUCUGUUACUCUGUUAUUUACGUGCUGAAUUUACCUCCGAGUCUGUUGUUUUUCCUUUUGUCUGUGCCAUGCGUUGGAAAACUUAAAGAACCGAUGCCUUCAUACUACGAUGUUUGCUAAAGCAAAACGUUAAUAAAGCUUGUCCUGAA